AUGAAUCGCAAUACACUCUACGUAAAUAAUUUGAAUGAUAAAAUAAACAAAAAUGACCUAAAAAUAUCUCUCUACCUCUUAUUUUCGACGUAUGGGACUGUUGUGGACGUAAUUACUUUAAAGACACCCAAAAUGAGAGGUCAAGCACAUAUUGUCUUUUAUGAUGCUUCAGCUGCGGCGAUUGCUAUGAAAGCUUUAAAAAAUACUCAGUUUUUUGGAAAGGAAAUGCGGAUUGACUAUGCGAAAACACGUAGUAAAAUGAUUGAACGGAUUUACGGUUCAGAGGUAAGGGGUCCUCUGAAGCGUUCAAGGGAAGACGCGGACGUUGAGAAUGAAGAUGCUGGAAUGCUGAAAAGGGCGUCUUGA